UUGCCUUCUGCGUAAACAGAACCACAAAGAGGGAUCGCGUGGGAAUAUAAAUGGUCUCCGAUUUCAGAAACAGUAAAGAAAGGCAUUUUGCUUGUAGUCAAACGCCAAAACCGCACACGGAAAUUGAAAUCUGAAAAUCGGUAAAUCUUGCGUGUUUUUGUGACGGCGUUGUCAUUCCUCCGGCGAUCGAAAAUCGGAUGAUCGAACACGACGCGGCUGAUUCGUCGGCCACUGUGGCAGAAGCCUGGUUAGUUGAAGCAGAACACCGAAGCGGUGGAGUAGAUUUGGAGGUUUCCGCUGAGUCGGUGGUGGUUGGGAACGGUUGAGAGAGAAAAAUAUAAGGGAAGUAAUAAAAAAAAUAAGAAAAAAAAUAAAAAUGAAGAAAAGCAAGGGCAAGAACAGCAAAUUGCUACCUAAUUCUUUGAGAAUCAUAUCGUCUUGUAUUAAGACAGUGUCGACGAAUGCGAGCACCGCCGUGCGCUCAGCCGGUGCCACAGUAGCCGCUUCCAUUUCUUCUUCGUCCGACGAUCGCAAAGAGCAGGUAUUAUGGGUUGGCUUUGACAAAUUGGAGCUUGGUCCAGCUGUCUUCAGACGCGUUCUCUUACUUGGUUAUCAGAAUGGUUUUCAGGUUUUUGAUGUUGAAGAGGCAUCAAGUCUAAGUGAAUUGGUUUCCAAACGUGACGGUCCAGUUACAUUCUUACAGAUGCUUCCUCUUCCUGCUAAAUGUGAUGGUGCUGAAAAGUACAGAUCAUCAUAUCCCUUGAUGGUGGUGGUUGGGGGCGAUGAGGAUGACAGACCGAGCCCGGUUCAGAACUAUAGCUAUGGGUGUGGUAGAUAUGGUUCUGCUGAGUCUCAAUCUGGGAACUCUGUCGACCCUCCUACAGCUGUUAGAUUUUACUCCCUUCGAUCAAAUGUAUAUGUGAAAGUUAUCAAUUUUAAAUCUGCUGUCUUUAUGGUCAGAUGCAGUCCUCGAAUUGUAGCUGUGGGUCUUGAAGAACAGAUAUACUGCAUUGAUACUAUCACUCUUGAGAAGAAAUUUACUGUUCUCACCUAUCCUGUUCCCCGAUUCGGAGAGCAAGGAACAGUUGUGAUUGGCACAGGCUAUGGUCCAAUGGCCAUGGGAUCAAGGUGGUUGGCAUAUCCUCCUAGUCGCCCUAUUAUAUUGAACACAGGUAGGUUGAGUCCAAAAAAACUGGCAUCGAGUGUGAGUCCAUCAACAUCUCCGGGCAGCAGUUUGAUGGCUCGUUAUGCAUUGGAGUCCAGCAAGCAACUGGCAACGGGAAUACUCACCCUGGGGGACAUGGGCUACAAAAAAUUAUCCAAGUACUACCCAGAGCUGCUUCCUGAUGGUUCUAGUUCUCCUGGCUGGAAAGGUGGGAAGCUAUUAACUUCUGAACCAGAAGAUGCUGGAGUGGUUGUUGUCAAGGAUGUUGUUUCGCUAGAAGUUAUAUCCCAGUUUAGAGCUCAUACGAGUCCAAUAUCUGCUUUGUGUUUUGAUCCAAGUGGGACCCUUUUGGUCACUGCUUCAGUACAUGGAAACAACAUAAAUAUUUUCAGGAUCAUGCCUUCUCAAACGCGCAGUGAAUCAGGCUGCCAUGACUGGAACACUUCAUAUGUACAUCUCUACAAGCUGCAUCGUGGAAUAACUACAGCUGUCAUCCAAGACAUUUGUUUUAGUCAUGACAGCCAGUGGAUUGCUAUUGUUUCAUCAAAAGGGACUUGCCAUAUUUUUGUUCUAUCCCCCUUUGGUGGAGAUGCUGGGAUUCAAGCUCUACAUUCUCAUAUCCAAGGUACCUUGUAUCCAUUUUCAUCUCCACCGUGGUGGCCUACUUCAUCUUUCGCUGUAAAUGAGAAAUGUUCUUCGCCUCCACCUCCUUGCACCCUCUCUGUGGUGAGCCGGAUAAAAAGCAGUGACUCAGGUUUGCUUAAUUCAGUAAGCAAUGCUGCUUCUUCGAUGGCAGGGAAGAUAUGCGUGCCAUCUGGAGCUCUUGCUGUCAUUUUCCACAGUUCCAAGUCAAGUAGUUUUGCGAAUGUUCCAUCAAGGGCUUGUUCCUUGGAACACGUCUUAGUUUACACUCCAUCAGGCUUUGUGGUUCAGCAUGAACUUCUGUCAUCUGUGGGGAUAGAAGUAAUUGAUUUUAAAGCAGAAACUUGGUCAGGUCCACAAGCACCAACACAAAACGAAGAGUUGAAGGUCAAAGCUGAACCUAUUCAAUGGUGGGACGUUUGUAGAAGAUCGGAUAAUCUGGAAAGAGAGGAAUGCGUUUUUGGGAGCAGCUUUGAUGGACAGAAUGAUCCUGAGAUAGAUGAUGACUCAAAAACGGUUUUCCAGGAGAAGGAAAGUGCUAAGGAAAAGAAACUAGUCCAGAGUGAUUCCUUUUCGUCCCCUGAGAGAUCACACUGGUACUUGUCCAAUGCUGAAGUGAAAAUAAACUCCUCUAGUUUACCAGUAUGGCAAAAGACUGAGAUACAUUUCUAUGUUAUGGAACCCUCGAGAGCGGAAUGUUAUUCAGGUGGGGAAUUUGAAAUUGAGAAGGUUUCUUCACAUGAAGUUGAAGUAAGACAAAAGGAUUUGCUGCCAGUAUUUGAUCAUUUCCCUGUCUUGAGAACUCCCUGGAUAAACAGAUCAGUGCCUUUUGAGGGAAGAUAUCCUAAUGUGCUGUCUUCGGAUCCUAGAGAGAAGACAAAUGAAGCGAGUAUCAUUUGUCAUUCAGAGCCACCAUCAUUUAGUUCUACUGAAAGCUCUGAUGGUGGAUCAUCCAGGCGAAUUGAGAAUUUGCUUGAUUUGGAGCACAUGAACAUUGAUAAGUCUCCAAUGCACUUUAGCAAUUCUCCCAGUGAAUUACACGUAGGUAGAGAACAGAGUACCAGUCUCAAGACUUCCAUAAUGGACCAGAGAUCUGGGAAUGACAUGCCCUUAGCUCGUGAACAGGGUAGAGUAGAUUUUAAUGUCGAUAAUAAUACAACCGCGAGUAUGUCGUGCUCAUCUGGGAACGAGACCCCAUUAUUGGACGCUGACAAUACUGACUCAGUUGAAGACAUUCUUAUGCCUUCAGGAAUGGAGAAAACGGUAGAUUUUGGGCAGUUCUUCAAGGAAGGCUACUGUAAUAAGCCAGAUAUUCGCGAACCCCACCAAACAAUCGACGUUGAAAAUAAUCAGGAGGAAGGCAGUAGCAGUAAUUCCAACGACAAGGAAAAAACCGAAGACGAUGAAUGGAUUGGUGGUGUUUUCGAAUUCUCCGAAGAAGGUUAAUUGCUUCUUGUGCAUUAAAUUGUACAAAUUGUGUUCUACCAUCUUGAAGAAUUUCAUUCUCAAAUUAUGAGGUGUGUGUGCUCAGCAACUCUUUAUGUAUAUUCUGUAUAUAGAAAUCGUUAAGAGACGUGAAAGAAGAUGUUCGGUGGAAGUUUUCCUGGGCUUAAAUUCGUGGUAUGUACAGAUUUACUGUGAACAGCUCGUCUGCUAAAAAAAAAAAAAAGAGGGAAAAACAAAUGAAAAGUAAUGAAACAAAAAUUUAAACUAUUAAUUCCAUUUUGGGAUUUGUUGUUAA